ACCUGAUCCCUAUUAGGGUGCCAGGUAGCUGCAGCUCCUGGCUAUAAAUGCCCGCCGCUCGGUGGCAAUCAGCAUCAGUUGUCCAACAACACUUACGCCACUCGCAUCGCAUAGUUAAUAUACUAGCUAACAAACUUGCCCAGACUCUAAAAAAAUAACUCAAAAUGGGCAGCACACAAUCCACUGAAGGGGCAAAGAGCGUUGAGGACACUACCUGUACUGCGAAUCCUGGCAUCUUCUGCACUCCCCUGCCCGGCUUCUUGAGCAAAAUCCAGAGACUCGUCCUGCGCAAACUGAGCAUCUCGGCCAGGAAACAAAGGCGCCUGAGCAAGCGCUCCAAGCAACUCCUGCGACCCAUGCCCCGCUGCUCGUCCUUCGGCUCCUGCGGCACCCUGCUGACGCCCACCACCAAGAAGUCCAAGGCCUCCAGUCUGGCCGAUCGCCGCUACGCCCAAUGGAAGUGCAGCUUCGAGCAUCUGGCCCAGAGACAGCCGCGUCUCCAUGACGCCAGCGAAGCCAUGGCCGGCCAGACCACGCCCCGCGGCUUCCCCUCCCACACGGAUGCCAAGAGGUGCCUGCUGGCGGCGGACUCCAGCUCGCCGGAGUCCCCGCUCUACGACAUGGUGGGUGGCCAGAAAGUCCGCCGCCGCCUCAGUCUGCGCAGCCACGCCCCCGUGCGCCGCCCAUCCGCCCGCCAGAGGGCCGAGCAGGCCAGGCUGGACGCCCAGUUCCAGCGGGAUCUUCGCGAUCUGGAGGAUUACUACGGCGGCUUCCACUUUGCCCAGCGCCGCGAGCGUUUGGUCAAGGUUUAGCUGCAAAGGCCAGGACUUUUUAUAGGAUUUUUAUAGCAAAUAUUGUGAUAGCUCGUAAGCCCUA